AUGGCUGACAGCGAAGCACCUCCGAUUGUCUCGCCAGAGAAACGUCGCAGAGGGCCAAUGCCAGUUCUGCCGGCAAAGACACCGACAAUUGUGGGGAGUGUCGACGGUGUGCAGCAAUCGGCUGCCGGGGCUGUGGUGACCUUCAUGGCGUAUCUUCUGGCUGUUGGCACUCCGCGGAUGGUGAAGGUCCGAGGAGCCGAAAAACAUGUGGUCAGCGUUAUGCUUGGUGAUCGGACUGGCCUUAUCAAGCUGGAGCUGUGGGGGGCACCUGCCCAAUCUGAAGUGAAGCAGCUGCAACGUUUAGAUGGGCAAGCUGAUUUCGCAUUUCUGAAGAUCACAGGUGCAGAAGUGAUGAUGCUACGUGAUGCCUUCUUGGGGCUCAAAAUCACGCAGUGGACUUCGCAAACAUCCUACUCAGUGAUCUCAAAUCCUCCGCCACCGGAUCUGGCCGCCAUUCACGAAGGGCAAACAUGCUGCACAAGCUUUGCAUCUAUGCGGGGAACACUGCCUCCUUUCUGUGCUACUUUGUGUGGCCAUUUGCAGGAGGUGAGUGAAAUUCGGAGCACAAGGACUUCCGACAGUGUCCAGAGGGAAGCGAGUUUGGUGGAUGAAAAUGGGUCGUCGAUUCGAAUCGUUUUCCACGGUGAAUGGGCAUUUUUUCCCUUCAAGGAGUUGGACCUUGUGGUGGUUGGCUACGCAGAAAUGCGGAAGAAUGGGGGUGACAUGGUCACCUGGGUGUAUGAUAGCGCGCACUGCGUGCGAAUCGGAUCAGUGGCAGAAGCUGUCAGUAUCCGUGAAGUUUUGCCCUUGACUUUUGAAGCCUAUGCGUUGCUGACGUCUGGUCGAUUGCUCUUGCCAGAACAUACCCAGCUGCUCUCGGAAACUCAGGACACACAAGAUCUGAGUCCGGACGGGAAGAAGUGGUGCUGUGAGAAUUACAUGACUGAGUGCGAGCUGCAGACGUCUCGCGGCCGACUGACACCGAAUAGGAAUUGGAGCUUUGCUGCCAGCAUGUCGUUUUCAAACGCUACAAAACCCAAGGAGUU